AUGCCAGACGCGUCCCACGCUUCCGUUUCGUGCUGGACCUGUCGGCAGAAGCGGGCCAAGUGUGACAGACUCCUCCCGACUUGCCUCCGCUGUACCUCCUUGAAGCUUCGGUGUCAAGGAUAUGACCGGCCGAAGAAGUUAGUGUGGACCAAUAGUGUGGCCAGCCGAGGCAAGAUGAUGGGAAAAGCCACAUACGGCGCAGAUCAAGAACCGAGUGAUGAUCUUAUAGCAGCAAGACCUUGUCAGUCUGGCCCUCUCUCAGUGGGACACUCUCGGGACACUUUGCGCGAAGCACUGCCGGCAUCAUUUGGCGCGCCAUGGUCUCUCAUCGACCCCGACCUGCAAGACAUGUCAAUUGAUUGCCGGAAGUACAUACGCUACUGUAAGCUGUAA